UGUAUUGACGUAUGUAUGUCUUACAAGACACCACAGGAGGUAAUUCAGGGGAAGCUGUGAAAAUUUUAUAUCUUUAGAAAGAUGUCAUCUUAUGUCACCCAGAUUUGUUAUUUUUAUUUUUCGUUUUCCAGGCUGCCAAAAUGAUGUUUAACGCGGUUAACGAGCAGAUCAAAAAGAUGCUUGCGUCUAAUGUUGAUCUCAGUCCAAGAGAAAUGGAAAAGGCCAAACAUGAUUCAUAUUUUGUUAAACAAUAUUCCAUUGGUAAGAAAGGGAACUGGAUGGUAUACAUAAUGAAUGAUGGUAUCUACUUUGGGAUUUCUCGUUUCUUCUGGCAUUUGACUCUGGGCGCGCGCUUGUCUUUUACAUUACAUUCUGUGACUUAUUGUGAAUCCAGGAUUAAUAGACAAAAGAUGAAAACAUGAAAGUGACGACGCGGAAAGGCUUAAACAGCCUCCCCCAAUUGCCUGACAGAUGUAUAAUCUAACCAUAAUCUAACCAAAAAUUCAUAGGUGGCAAAUAUAUCGGUGGUGAUGGUCACUUAGAAAAAAUUGACCAACUCAUUUCGUCAUCAGGAGACAAGUCACGUGAAAUAGCUGUUACAGGAAGUGCCGGUAGGUUAAAGUUCCUAUAUGGGCCAAGUUUCAAUUGUCCGUGAAUGCCCGGGAAAAGCUUAUUGAAUAAUUUAUUCGAGCACAGACAAUCGAGAGAAUUGUCUAUAAUGUCAUUUUCUCUCGGUUUCCUAUUACUUUAGUCGUUGCAGCAAGUUUAUAUAUGCAUGUAUGUUGCAGGAAGCGGGAAAACUGCACUGUUGUGUAACUGGAUUGAUAAUCACUCGAAGAAAAACCCCGAUGAUAUUAUUGUAUAUCAUUUUAUUGGCUGCGCAACUGAUACUACAGGUAAGACAAAUACAAAUGGUUAAACUAUAUAGCCUUUUGCAUAAAUGCUAAUGAUUCAAAACAAUGAACGACUAGAAAACAGUGGAUUCUCCACUGAAAAGUUUCUCAGAAUGACAUUUCGUCAAAACUUUUUUCUUCAAGAUUGGUUUAGAAACAAACUUGGAGUAGGGUUAGGUUAGGUUAGAGUUGGUGUUUGAAAUAGGGUGAGUAUUAGCAAAACCGUUGCUUUGCUACGUUUUGUCACUCUGAGGCCAGCGAAAUAACCUCUGCAUCUUUUUCAAUAGAUCCAAAACAAAUCCUUUCGAGGGUAUACGAAGAAUUGGAUUACGAAUUUCAGAAAACUUUGAAACCAGCAACAACGGAUUCGGUCACUGAACACGGCGCCACUGCUUCUACAGACACGAACAAGGUUAACCAGGAAAUUGAAAGAGAAGAAGUAACGGAAAGUCCGUCAGGUAGUAAGCAAAUUGAGAGAAGUUCUUCAGGAGGAAUUUUCUCAUGUUUUCGUGGGAGUAAAGUGACAGAUGUAAACAAAGAUGAUGUCUACGAGAAAACAGCUAAUGAUGGUAAGAUUCGUAAUAUCUUACUCCUAUUUAGAUAAAAAAAUAUGUGGCUUAAAAUCAACGUACCCUAGUGAUUUAGAGAACAAAGAGAUUUUCAUCAUGUUUGAUGAUAUUUGCAUUCCAAACAAGAACCACGUAGAAUUAAAUCAAAACAAAUUCCCGCAAUAAUAUUUUUCUUCCCAAACUUUUUUCUCUCUUCAAAAAUUUUUUUCUUUUCAAAAAUUUUUUUUUCUUCUAGGUGAAGAACAACCUAGAAUUAAGUCAUAAUACACUAUUUACGCUAUCAAUUUCUACACUAUUUACUAUAUAGUUCGUGUGAAUAAGGACGAGACGCAGGCAGAAAAAGAACAAGAUUUGGUCAAAGCAAAUGACCCACCGAAGACGUCAAAGAAGAAGUUUUCAUCAGAAGAUAUUCUUCCUAGGGGAGGUGGAGGUCAUUCCAUUCAAAAGAUCUUGGCAAAUAUUACUCAGGUUGCACUUUGUUUUUCAUUUUGAGGUUGUUACGCAAAGUGAAAACAUGACCGCAUUAUUCGGAGUAGAGGGUAAACAUAUUUACUACUUUUUCAUUUGUUUGCAGCUAGCUCAAAAAAUAUCUGAAGCCAAGGGAAAGGCAUUUAUCGUGAUUGACGCUUUAAACAAGACUGACGACCUUGGAAAAACUGGAAAGGUUAGGUCGGGCUCAAAUGGACAGAGCAAAUUGUCCGACGUGUAAAACGUGUUUUCGACUGGGCGGAUUUUUUUGUUCCGGAAGGGACCUUUUCUUUUUCAAUAAUCGAAAAAGGAAGUUGCUUCGAGCGAUAAAAUUCUCAUAGGAAGGUAUCCUAUUUGCUCCUUUGUGGGUACCAAAACCAGUGUAACAACUAGACUGUUAAACGUUGCACGACAAUGAUGAGAAACUGAUAUCUUGUGCUUUUUCUAAAGGUUCUAUAUUGGUUACCCAACAACUUACCAUCGAACGUGCAUUUGAUUGUGUCAACCAGAACUGAGCACCAGACCUCUAUGGAAGUGCUCGUCCAGGAACGAUCGUUUGCUACAGUUGAAAUAUCUGCUUUAGAUGACCUGCAGAAAGAAACAAUGGCGAAGGUAAUUAGAGAUGCAAAAGGAGGGAGGAGGUAUUUAUUCUUUGACUGGAGAGCACUCAGAGACUGCAUUCCUCCACCUGCGGAUUACGGAUAUGCAACUUAUGUAUCAUGCAUAAAUUAUACAAUGGGCAAAACAAACUUUUUCUAUUUUUUCAUUCAAUUUUCAUUCAAAUUUAACCAAAAUUUAAUCAAUUUGUCCUUAGGCAAUUUCCAUUAGGCCCACAAAUCUUCCCAUCAUAAACGAACCUGGUUAGGUCUGAAAGUGUAUGUAUAAUUUAGGUUCGAAAAUUAAAUCUACAAAAACCCCAUCUAGUAUAUUAGUUCUAUCGAAUAAGAUGUCGAAAAUCUCGUUAUUUAAUUGUGAAACUCAUCAACUCAAAACACGACCUUGAAGGAGUUUGUAUAUCUGAUACAAAGUCAUACUGAUUUAAAUAAACUUUAAGUUCAAUUUUCUCACCAAAUAUCAUUCAUUUAUAUUAAAUUGUUGAACAAUACGAAUGUUCUCAUCAAGACGUUCCACAAGCCAUUUCCAACAUGAGCGCCCUUUGAUUGUUUACGCUGCACUCGUUACAUAUUUCAAGUUAUAUUUGAUUGGGUUUAGAACAUGCUGGCAUUAAGAGGUAAAGAAUUUUCCGAGCCACAGAUGAUCAAAGUGGUGGCUGCUGAACAGAGUGGGAAUCCACUUUAUCUCGAGAUUUUCCUUGAAGAAAUGUGCAGUUUUGGUGAUUUCUUUCUCGUCGAUAAACAAAUGGAUCAUUUACUUGAAGCUGAGAGGUAAUGGAAUUCAAGAUCUGUGGCAAUGUUCCGCAGGGGCAAAUCUACUGUGGGGGUUUAAGGGGGGGUGCGCACCCCACCUAGUCGUGUCUAACACCCCCUAAAGAAAUCCAGCACCACCCUAAAAAAUCAGCUUGGCCAUACAUUUUCUGCUUUUCGAAUAGCGAUUAGCAGAACUUCUACUGUUGACGUGUGUCGAUUUCUUGAAACGAUUUAGUUGAUUUGUGAGCUCACGAGAAAAUACUCAGAAUGCUUUAGUUAAAUAUCGUGGUUAAAUAUGUAAACAUGUUGAGGUUGUUAUACAGCAAUAUUUUCGAAUAUACUGUACUUUAACAAGCAAAUGUACUGUUACUGUGUGUGCUACAACAACUCGAUAUUAACUUUAUAGACAAAAGAUAAUGUAAAACGUAAGAGAACGGCGAACAUGCAGAUUCGGGGACAGUAGCGUAAUAGCGUUGCAGAGCAGAGUGGGCAGUAAGGCUCCCUCAUGUACCACCCCAUGGAAAACCUGCACCUCUCUUUGCAGAUGAAGCUAGACCCGCCCCUCUUGUUGCGUAUUCCUAAAUAAAUUCCAUUCUUCCAGACAUCUUUCAAUAUGUUUUCAGAAUUUAUCAUUAACUCUUAACAGCACAAAAAUCCUAUUUCUGAAGUUUAUCAAAAGAAUGGAAUUGGAUUACAACCCAAAAAGUGUGGACAAUGAUGGUCAAAAACCUCACAGAAACAUCGUUAAGGAAGUAAGUGGAACUCGUGGUCCAACAAUGUUGCAUGGAUGACAAUUUUAACGAAAAUUAACGCCAAACUUAUGUAUUUGUGUUUUUCGUAUAGGUAUUGUGUUUGAUUGAAGUUUCCAAAGAAGGUUUAUCAGAGGAAGAACUGAAAGCUAUACUCCACAUUGACUCGGGAACUUGGUCCCCGAUAUUUUUUGCUAUGGCCAGUUUUAUAUUAGACAGAGCCGGUUUGUACAGGUAUACGACGUAUACAAUGUAUCUAAAGUAUCUUCAUCCUUUCAUUCCUUCUUUCUUUCGUUUAUCUUUUUAUUAUUUCAGUUUCUUUAACUGCUUCUUUUUUCUUCUAUUAUUUUUCUUUCAUCCUUCCUUUGCCUUCUCUUUAUUUAUUUCCCCAUUUUGCGUUUUUCCUAUCUUUCUUCCCAGUUUUUUAUCAUCUCAUUAUUUCUGUUUCGUUAUUGCUUUUUAACUUCCUUUCCCGAGUCUGCUUGUUCCAUGAAUGUUCCAGUGAUCAUGCUCAUGGCAUUUUCAGACUUUCUAGUGAAGAUUUAUGCACAAAUAAAAUAGACAAUUCCCAUUAUAGACUAAUUUUAAGACUGGGCAAAGAGAUGCAAAUAAAUCACCACAGCUAGAAACAGCAUACUAAAAUUAGUAAAAUUGCAAAGUUUGGUUGCGAAAUGUUAUAAAAUGCGGAAAAUAUAGCCUUGCAAAGUUUGCAAAUUUUGUAUACUUUUGUAUUGCGUGCGGAAAUUGCUACCAUUUUCGGCCCAAAUGUGAACUUUGCAAAGCUAAACUUUCCGCAUUUUACAACAUUUCGCAACCAAACGUUGCAAUUUUACUCAUUUUAGUAUCCUCUUUCCGGGAAUAUACUUUUUUUGCCAAGAUAAAAAAUUAGUCUAUAAUAGGAAUUGUCUAUUGUGUCUUUGGAAGAGGUUAACACUAUCACCUUCAUUUACUUCUUUUGUUCAGUUUUGCGUACGAGGAUCUAAACAUGGCAGUCAAUGAAUAUUACUUGGAAGACGAAUCAGACAGACUUAUGUUCGUUCGAAAGUUAUCCAAUUAUUUUGAAGGCAAAUUUCAGGUAACAAGGAUUAACAUGGACAUUAACACCCAACAUAUUCUCCUUAACAAGUAAAAUCUCCAGGCCUCUUGGUGGGUUAAAAGAGUCACGGGUAGAUAUAGAUAUCCAAUCCAGCCUUAUUCCGAUAUCAGUUCUUCUAUUUACCGAACGCAUUUGUUGAUUGACCUUUCUAGAGUCUGUCGUUAUCAGUUGAUGAUGUGGUACCAUCGAGAAUCUCAAGUGAAUACCCACGACUACUGUCUAAACUCAGUGAUGGUGAAAAACUGUCGAGUUAUUUGACCAGACUUUGUGUGAUAGCCAGUGUGCCCAGGUAAGAAGUAAUACAAGUAGCUUUCGAACCUGUCGUUUACAGGGGGUUGAUGUUUUUCUGAGAGUAAAAAACCCGGAGGUCUCGGAGAAAAAUUAUCGGAGAGAGAUCCAACCACAACUCUACUUCACCCGACCUGGCUAAAUACUACGAUAGCAGGCUUAAUGCCGCUUGCUAUCUUUUCAUGCAGUAGUUCACGCAUUAAUCACAGCAUUCAUUUUCUCUCUACAGUGACGGUCCGGAGUGGUUCAAAAUGAUGGAUUACUGGACGCUGACUGGGUUAAGUAAUGAUCAAAUAUCCAAAGCAUUUCUAGCAUCAAUUCAGGAGGAAAUAACUCGAUUAAAAGAAAAUGAUUUACAAGAAUAUGGUGAAGAGAAAAAUCCAGUUCUGACACACGACAAGGUUCGUUCAUGCAUCUCCAUCGAAUUUCAACUUUUAAGGUCAGGUCAGGAUGAGCUGAGAAUUAAGAUUAACAUGGUGAAGUGUUGUCCCAAAGCACUUCGAUCCCUGCCAUUAAUUAAAAUCUGUACUGAGUGUUAGAUUCAAGUUGGUAAUCGAUUAUUCACUGUCGGCGAUCAAUAAUCGAUUGGUCGUAUAAAUAAAUCAAGGUAUAUUCACUUUCACUGUGAGUUGUCCCUUCCAAUAUAUCAAGUUGACCAAUCUCAAAAUAAGACAAGAUCAAUGAGUUAUUCUCAUGUUUUAGUUGCUUCCAGUUCUGCUGAGGAUCGCAACAUUCAUGGUCGAUGCUGGUUAUGGGAAAGCUGUCAUUCCUAUUUUGCUCAAAGCCAAGGAACUUUAUGUAAGUUUUACGAGAAAAUACCUUUCUUUCUUUGAUUCUUUCUUCUUGCUAACGGAUUGUUUUCAAUUUUCAUUCUCUUCUUCAGGAUUCCCUGGAAGAUAAAACAACAACAAAUCUUCAGAUAGUAAAUUUGUAUUGUAACAUCAACUACAGCCUGGCAUGCCUUUAUGUUGACUUGGACAUGCUGGAUGAGGCAGAACCCGUUCAUAAAGAUGUCCUUCAUAUGCGAGAAAGGUAAGGGACCAUUCCUUCGAUGACAAUAAUGUCAAAUCACAUUUUUAAGAAAAAAAUGAAAACUACAGCUUCCCAUAUAACGGAUUUUAUAAUACCCAGGUAUAAGAUCUUGCAUGAUCUUGGAAUAUCAUGGCAAGGUCUUGCAGGAUUUUUGGUAAAAUCUUGCAGGAUCCUGGCAAGAUCUUGCAGGAUUUUUGGUAAGAUCUUGCGGGAUCAUGGCAGGAUCUUGCAGGGUCUUAGGUGAGAUCUUGCAGGGUCUUAGGUGAGAUCUUGCAGGGUCUUAGGUAAGAUCUUGCAGGGUAUUAGGUAAGAUCGUGCAGGGUAUUAGGUAAGAUCUUGCGGAAUCAUGGCAGGAUCUUGCAGGGUCUUAGGUAAGAUCUUGCAGGGUCUUAGGUAAGAUCUUGCAGGGUCUUAGGUAAAAUCUUGCAGGAUCUUGGCAAGAUCUAGCAAAAUCCUGCACGAUCUUAGGUAAGGUCCAACAAGAACUUGGAAAAAUCCUGCAAGAUCUUUCCAAGAUCUUGUAGGAUUUAUGUAAGAUCUUGGGUACGAUUUUGUCAAAAUCUUGCUGGGAUCUUGGCAAGAUUGUCAAUCUGGGUACACAUAUAACUGAAGCUUAUAUUCAUGUUAGUAGCAAUUUUAAACUUGAAAGAUUUUUUCUGCACUUUACUUGGUUGAAACUGAAUGUUAGAGAAUAUUGGAGAAGAUUGAUAAUCCAAGAGACAAUAUAUGUACACUUUUAAUACCAGGAACGGUUGUUAAAAAUGCAACUAGUGGUCCUCUAGCAGGAGUCGAACCUGUGACCCUGCGAUUUCAGUUGGUUAGAGCACUGCACCGGAAUCGUAGGGCCGAUUCCUGCCAGAAUAGAUAUAUUCAUUUAUUGUACAUAAUAGUUCAUGUACACAUUUUUGUAACUUAUUAGAACAAAUGAUACUGUAACGCAGAGACGCAAGGGCUCUAAAUCAAUUGAAAUCUCUGAAACCCAUUCAAUAUGGUGUUUUAUAGGUAUAGUGAUCAAUUUGAAAACGGUGAAAGCGACGUAGCGACCUCACUGUAUGGUUUAUCUGUGCUGGAAGGACGUCGCAGGAACUAUGAUAAAGUUUGUAUAGUAUACAAAUAAUGAAUGUUUAUGAGUGCAAUGGUAAGAAUAUUUUCAUUCGGUGAAAGAUGGAAUGUUCCAUUCAACGAGGCGACAGCCGAGUUGAAUGGAACAUUCCAUCUUUCACCGAAUGAAAAUAUUCUUACCAUUGCACGAAGAAACAUUCAUUAUUUGUUUUAUAUAAUACCAAAAUAGACUAAUAGAUUCGUAUGAGAAACAUUUUGAGGGAUGCGAUUUAUCGAAAACACCAAGAGUGCAAUUGUACUAUACGUUUUAUUCCAUUGCACUCGCGGAGAGUGCAAUGGAACGUGUUCCAUUGCACUCUUGGGAAAUGGAAUUUUCUAUUCAAUAUCACGUGACCAUAAACAGCCAAUUAAACGAUUAGAAUUUAAUAAGGUAUUAUAUAAUAUUGAUUAUUGUCAAUUACUCGACAGGCUAAAAUAUUGCCUGGAGUUCGGCAUCUCACUCGAUAUAACUAAUUGUAGCAGAUGGAAAUUUUGAGUGGAAUGUUUUAUACAUUUUCUAGACCUAAGCAAAAGCAGUUGCGAAAAAUGCAACUAUAGGCCCUCUGGUAGGAAUCGAACUUGCAGCCCUGCGAUUCCGGUGCAACGCUCUAAACCAACCAGCGCCGCCGAGAGGUUGGCGGGGGCCCGGGGCAAAUUUUUUUUUGGGGGCCCCCUAUCAAAAAAAUUUUCUCCGGAGAACAACCCACGUCGCCAAAAAAUUUUCGGUCAGUGUACCAUUUUAGGGGUAAAAAAAAUUUUCCGGAGUAAAAAUUUUUUCCGGACGAGUACGUUUCAAUUGCUUUGGGACUUUAUCUCAUUUUUUUAUGCCAAAUUUCGGUACUUAGCCCAAGAAAACAGAUAUCUUGUCCUUUGCGCGGAAAUAUUUAACGACUGGGGCCCAACAAAAAUUUUUCGGGGGCCCCCAGCACCUCGCGGCCCGGGGCAAAUUGCCCUCCGCUGCCCCCCCCCCCUCUCUGCGACCCUGAAACCAACUGAGCUUGUCAUAGGGACAGUUGUCAAGCUCUAACCACAAGUUCAUGUAUAAUUCAAAAAAGGUUGUCAUUUGCAAACUGUAAACUUUAAACUCUAAGCGUGCAAACAUAAUGGGGUUAUCAGUUUAGAAAUCGUAUAUGGGGCCCAUUUUUUAGAGACAUGGUAUAAAUAUCGCAUUACGAGAACACUUCAUUCACAAAUGGCUGCAAUAUUCAACUACUAAGCUUCAAACUUGUUCUGCCAUGAAUCUUUGCGCGCUUAGAGCUUAAGGUUUAAGGUUUAGAGUUCAAGGUUUGCAAAGGACAACCUUUCUGAAUGGACCUAUUACCUAAUGAACAAAAUUUUGAUCUAGACAAAUCAAGACAAAAAUUUUAUCACAGCUUGAAAGAGCAUCACACAAUUAGUAAUAUUCCGAGGUUUCGUUGCGAAAUGUUGUAAAAUGCGAAUAAUAUAGCCUGCGAAGUUUGUCGUUUUUCAGUCAUUUUGUAUUAGUUGCGGGAAAUUGAUACCUUUUUUCAGAAAGCGGUAUCAAUUUUCCGUGCGUAAUACAAAAUGACUGAAAAACGGCAAACUUCGCAGGGUUAUAUUAUCCGCAUUUUACAACAUUUCGCAACGAAACCUCGGAAUAUUACUAAUUUUGUGAUGCUCUUUCAAGCUGUGAUGAAAUUUUUGUCUAGGUCAAAAUUUUGUUCAAUAGAUAAUCAUCCAUUGGCUAUAUAUAUACUAAGAGUCUAAGGUGAUGUCAAUGUUAUGGGUAAAUAUCAGGAUUUUGAGCAUGUACACUCGAUAGAACUAAUUGUAAAUCCAUCUAGAAAACUCUUCUAAAAUAUUGCCUCCUUGUUAAUUUAAAUUGACGCCUUUUUUACCUGUACUUAAUCAGGUUGAUGAAUACAACUCAAGAGUCCUAUCUAUCUACGAGAAAUUACAACUGCCUUGGGAUCAUGAAUAUUACGCCAAUCUCUACAACAACUGGGGAGUGGCCGUCAUGUCAAAUAAUCCUGAACAUGACAAGGAAGUAUACGACAGAGCUAUAGACUAUAUGAAUAAAGCGCAGAAGGUAAGCAAAGUGUGUUCUACUUCACACAGGGAUGGAUCCAGGCAGACCUGGUUUGGGGUGUGGCCGUUGACCAAGUGCAAUAUAGAGUUUGGCAACCUAGAACGGCAACGACAACGGCAACGGAGAAAAUAUAAUUGCUUAUAUUGUUGUAUUUGAACCAAAGUAUACGUUAAGACCAUGUAAUUUACAUUCGCCUUUGUCUUUGAGGAUCAAUGCUAUUGUUGAUGACAAUGCAUGUUGCCGUUGCCGUUGUAUUUGCCAAACUCUCUAUUAUCACUAGAGGGAGAAACUGGCUGUAGUGUUCUGGAAAACUGGCGAAAUGAUAGAAAGAAAAAAAAUACUUCUCAUGGCAGGGUCCAGGGAGUCCAGGGACAAAGCUGGUGGCAAGAGUGAUAGAAUAUUGCCUUUCGAAAUCAAAAAUUGCAUUUGAUAAGAAAAUUGGCACUCCCCGUGCACCCCAUUUCCCAAGGUUAACAGGGGUGCGCACCCUCGGCACCCCCAUCCUGACUUAAUUUUACUUGUUAUGAUAUAUAAUUUCUAACUUAGAUCUACGAGUCAGUGUACUUUGGUCACUUACCGCCUCAAGUAACAGUCACUCUCAAUAAUCUGGCGCUGUGUAAUCGACGACUCGGCAACCACGAGGAAGCUAGAAAAGUAUACAAAAGGUAUACGAUUAAUAUGCGAAAGGUGUGGAUGCUGGUGUGCAGUCAGGGCCGCCGAAAGGUUGCCCGUGGCAAAGUGCUUCCCCCCCCUCUCGAAGGGUCUGUAUACAGUUGCUUUUAAAUCACCCCUGUGACCAGAGUUCAAUUCUGCAUUGUUGUCUAAUUGUAAUUUCAUCUUAGUUACCUGCUAGACGUUACCUCUUGUAGCAACCUCCCCUCAACUUCCGGUCAUGUUUAUCUUUGUAAUUCUAUCUUAUUUCGGCAGAAUAUUGGCCAUCCGUAUCGACACGCUGGGAGAAAAUCACACCAAUGUCGCAAUGGUCUACAGAAAUCUCGGCACGUUGGAAUAUGCUGACAACAAAAUUGAUCUUGCGUUGGAUUACUACGAGAAGUCUUUGAAAAUAUUCGAGGUCUGUUCAAUUAUUUAUACUGGACAGCUUUUGACUGUCAGUGCUAACCCAGGAAAAGUGUUUCCGGGUUGGCUCUACCAUGCAAACACCGUAUAUUUUCUCUGGGUACGAAGGGUACACGCGUAAACACGCACAAACUGUGACAAAGCUGCAGCAUACUUGUGACAAUCCUGUUCCAACAACUUGUCAACAGGAUGUGUUCGCACUGCUUGUUCCCAGCUUGUUACAAGUUGUUCCAACAACUUGUUAUCGUCCUGCAAUUCAUGUGGGCCUCAUUGAUACCAGUGAUGCAUCACUGAAGAAGUUACCUUACGGAAAUAACUGUGAUUUGAUUUGUCAACAAGUUGUGCUAAUGUGAGUGGCAACCUUGUGGCGACUUGAUAAAAUAACAGUAUUGUCACAACUUAUUGACAGGCUUGCUACAAGAGCCUGUCGCGAACACAUCUUGUUGACAAGUUGUGAGAUUUUUACGUGUGUACUGUAGUGGUACCGCUGGAUCUCUAGGAACAACAGAACUGAUAAAAGGCAGCAAUCCAGAAUAAGUAAAGUAGGAAGAACACUGAACCAACAAGGGCUGACCAUUACCAGACCUUGAAUUCAAUCUGUUCUCCGUAGAAGCCUGCUACAUGCAGAGAACAGACAUGCAGAACUGUUCAAUAUAAGUAAAGGUAGUUUGGCGUAUGUCAGUAAUAUCUAGUAUAGUAGUAAGCAGGACUACUUCAGCGGGAAUUCGUUUUUUGUAAGGUCAGCAAAUCUGUGGAACAGCCACUCAUCGCAACUUAAGAGUUGUACAUCAAUAUCUGUAUUUAGUUCCAGACUACGUAAAAUGUAUAAAGAACGACUGCUAUUUUACAGCCCUCUUGGGUGUUCUUAACUUUAAAAUAUCCUAUGGUUUCCUAUUCAUGUAAUGUGUUUGGCCGAUGUAUAGUCAUUUAUUAGGAGUUAGGUGUCAAUUGGGACGCAAGUCAUGUUCCUCUCUCCAGUCACACCAAUGGCUAUUUUGUACAAUGUCCAAAAUCUGUUUUGUUAGGCAUUUGGGGAAGAACAUUUGGAAACAGCGUUGUCUUUAGAAAACAUGGCAUUAGUCAAAAUUGCUCUGGAAAAUUGGGACGAGGCUCAUUACUAUUUCAACAAGGCAGGUUAGUUGUACUACUAAUCCAUUUCAAUGUGGAAUACAUACUAGACCUUUCCUGGGACGUUUUAAGCAAAGAGAACCUUUUCACAAAGGACCUAAUUUUUUGCAGUCAAAAUGUGAUCGACAAUCUGAGUGACUACGUGAUCCUAAUACUUUUUAGUUACUCGUGUUCACCAUAGAAAAAAAGUUGUAAUAAUUGUCACAAAAACUUUGUUUGAAUUCUAGGUGAAAUUCUCCACAGAACCGGAAGAAUGAAUCAUUCUUUACCCUCAAUAAAUGCAGUAAUGGCCGACCACUACCUAACAAAUGACCGAAAACCAGACGCGUACAAGUUAUUUCAACGUUUAGUUGGUACCAGUAUUGCUCAACCGCGUGACUAUGCCGCAUUGGAAUACUUCGAUCGUCAACUGCCGGAAAACGAACGGCCGACGAGACCUUACGAACAUACUACAGAAUAUGCGUUAGAAAAGUACGUAUAG